ACCGUGACUCGGCCUCUUGCUCGCGGAUUCGCCUGCUCUGCCUCUCUCGGGCACGAACCCUAACUGCGGGAACUCGCGAUUUGCGAAGGGCAGCGACCGCGGCGACGGGCAAGGAGGGCGGUGGCGCGGCGCAGCAAGGCCGCUACCAGCUUCGUGCUUUAGCUCUGCGCCCGGCGCGGGUGCGAGGCUGGGGGCCGGCGGGCGGGGCGCCUAGAGCGGCCGAGGUCCGAGGAACAGGGCGGGCAAGCCGCAAGCAGCGGGAAGCGCGGAGAGAUAUCACAUGGCGGUGACGCCACAUCAUCGGCUAUAUGAGUUCGCUAAAACCGCACUUAUCAAAAUUUUUGCCUUUCCUUAUGCCACGGUCUGUGACAUGUAUUGCGAUGGUGGAGUUGAUACAGACAAGUGGUGUGAUGCCCAGGUCGGCCACUACAUAGGAAUCGAUGCCUCUGCAUCAGGUGUCAGUGAUGCCCGUGAGCUAUGGGAGAACAAGAGGAAACCUUUCACUGCUGAGUUUAUCAAGCUGGAUCCUUCUGAUGAUGACUUCGAAGCUCAAUUGCAAGAAAAGGGCAUCCAAGCGGAUAUAGUUUGCUGUAUGCAGCACUUGCAGUUAUGCUUUGAGAGUGAGGAACGGGCAAGGAAGCUUCUGAAUAAUGUAUCGUCACUACUCAAACCUGGAGGCUACUUUUUUGGCAUGACUCCUGAUUCAUCUACAAUAUGGACAAAAUAUCAAAAGAACGUUGAGGCUUCACAUAAUAAGGGUCUGAAGACUGUUCCAAAUAGCGUUCGGUCGGAGAACUAUACCAUUACCUUUGAAGUUGAGGAAGAAAAGUUUCCUUUCUUCGGAAAGAAGUACCAACUCAAAUUUGCGAAUGAAGCAGUGUUUGAUAAUCACUGCCUGGUCCACUUUCCCAGCCUUAUGAGGUUGUGUUUAAACAGAUUAGCACGGGAGGCUGGACUGGAAUAUGUGGAGAUCCAGAAUUUAACCGAGUUUUAUGAUGACAACAGAACACAAUUUGCUCCGAUGCUUGGUAGCUGUGGUGCAAGUUUUGUGGAUCCUCGUGGAAAGCUUCUCGGUCGUUCCUAUGAUAUUUUAGGCUUGUAUUCAACUUUUGUAUUCCAGAAGCCUGAUCCGGAUGCAAUACCUCCUGUUGUAACACCUGACUUGCAUGAUCCUGAUAGUGCUCAUGAAGAGGAGUGGCUCCGGAGGCAGCCGGCAUCAGCGGAUGAUGGGAGGCGCUCACAUCCCGAUGUGAUUCCCAUGGAUCAUGAGAAAGGCAUCCUGGGUCCUGGACCUGCAGAUAUGAGGCUAUAGUUUACUUUCAGAUGCAGCUGAACUUGGAUAAUGAUUCACAACGAAUGACGAUAAAUUCACGCUGAUGGUUGACCGAAGAUUGUAUCUCGGUUAAAUCCACCAGGCCAAAUUCAGCAGUGUUAGAAAUAGUAAUAACAUAUGGUGCUAAAAGCAGUGUAUCUGUGUGCAUGCAAUUUAUCCAAAACUACUCUGAGGUUUUAGUGUAACAUUUAACAGGCAAAUCUCACUGAUGAAUUUGUCGACA